CGACGUUGCACAGGAUAGGUUUGAAGAAGGCCCAACCGCCGCGACUUGAAUGAAAUCUCGCGAGACCUCAGGUUUUUCUCUCUUACUCUUGUGCGCGCGCGAGCGCCUGUCGCAGAACGAACCAAGAAGAAGGAAAAAAGCCGGCAAGUCGUGAGCGCGCGCUCUUUCUCUCGCGCCCCCUCUCGCAGCAUCACUCUCUCUCCUUGUCCAGACUCCCGCCACUGGCGCGUGGUACUCCAGCGAGUGAGUGUUUUGCCGCCUCGCCCGCAGCUCGGUGUGUGCCAUCCGGCGACUUCACUGCUCGAGUCGGUUUGUAGGCGGUGUGAAUCGGAGGGAGGGCCGCAGUCAUGUCUGAGGAAACCAGCGAGCAUCAACCGCCUCAGCUGGAGGAAGAGCAGCCGCCGCCGCAGCAGCUCGACUCGGGAGCCAGCGAGAAGCCGAAAGAAGAACCUGAGGAGAAGGCGGGGCUGAUGGAGGUGGCCGCGGACUGCCCGGGCAUGGCGGGAGACCAAGCCGAGUCCAAGGAGGACGUGAUCGAGGAGGGUGAGGCUGAAAAUGAAGACAAUGACUCUCCUAAUAAAUCAAAGGAAGUCAAUGAAAUGGAUCCAGCCUAUGAAGAAAAAAGGCAAACUGAUCGGUCCAAUAGGUUUGAGUAUCUUUUGAAACAAACAGAGGUAUUUGCACAUUUUAUUCAACCAGCUGCGCAAAAGACUCCAACUUCACCAUUAAAAAUGAAGCCCGGACGACCACGUCUUAAAAAAGAUGAAAAACAAAAUUUAUUAUCAGCAGGAGAUUACCGGCAUCGCAGGACAGAGCAAGAAGAGGAUGAGGAACUUCUGACAGAAAGUUCCAAGACAACAAAUAUUUGCACUAGAUUUGAAGAUUCUCCAUCCUAUGUGAAAAGUGGCAAACUGAGAGAUUAUCAAGUUAGAGGACUGAACUGGUUAAUCUCGCUUUAUGAAAAUGGUAUCAAUGGAAUCCUGGCUGAUGAAAUGGGUCUUGGAAAGACAUUGCAGACAAUCAGUCUUCUAGGAUAUAUGAAGCAUUAUAGAAGCAUACCUGGGCCACAUAUGGUGUUGGUUCCAAAGUCUACCUUGCAUAACUGGAUGGCAGAAUUUAAAAGAUGGGUACCAACUUUGCGUGCAAUUUGCUUAAUAGGAGACAAGGAUCACAGAGCUGCAUUUGUUCGUGAUGUACUACUUCCAGGAGAGUGGGAUGUCUGCGUAACUUCUUAUGAAAUGCUAAUUAAAGAAAAAUCUGUGUUCAAGAAGUUUAAUUGGAGAUAUUUGGUAAUUGAUGAAGCCCACAGAAUAAAAAAUGAGAAAUCCAAGCUUUCUGAAAUUGUGAGAGAAUUUAAGACAACCAAUCGUCUACUGCUCACAGGAACUCCACUCCAGAAUAAUUUGCAUGAAUUGUGGGCACUCCUGAAUUUUCUAUUGCCAGAUGUCUUUAACUCUUCUGAGGAUUUCGACUCUUGGUUUGACACUAACAACUGUCUUGGAGAUCAGAAAUUAGUUGAACGUCUUCAUAUGGUAUUAAGGCCUUUUCUGUUGCGUCGUAUAAAGGCAGAAGUUGAAAAAAGUCUACCACCUAAGAAAGAAGUAAAAAUUUAUGUUGGUCUUAGCAAAAUGCAAAGAGAAUGGUACACAAAGAUUUUAAUGAAAGACAUAGACAUUUUGAAUGCUUCAGGAAAAACUGACAAGAUGCGACUUUUAAAUAUCUUGAUGCAGCUGAGAAAAUGUUGCAACCACCCCUAUCUUUUUGAUGGUGCGGAGCCUGGGCCUCCAUACACAACUGACAUGCACUUGGUUACAAAUGGAGGGAAAAUGGUAGUUUUAAACAAACUUCUUCCCAAACUAAAAGAGCAAGGUUCUCGUGUCCUAAUAUUCAGCCAAAUGACAAGAGUCUUGGAUAUUUUGGAAGACUACUGCAUGUGGAGAAAUUAUGAAUACUGCAGACUUGAUGGGCAGACCCCACAUGAUGAUAGACAAGAAUCCAUUAAUACGUUUAAUGAACCUGGUAGUUCAAAAUUCAUCUUUAUGCUGAGUACACGUGCUGGAGGCCUUGGAAUUAAUCUUGCUACAGCUGAUGUUGUAAUCAUAUAUGAUUCAGACUGGAACCCACAAGUAGAUCUUCAAGCGAUGGACAGAGCACAUAGAAUUGGUCAGACGAAAACUGUGAGAGUGUUCAGAUUUAUCACAGACAAUACUGUUGAAGAACGUAUUGUUGAGCGUGCAGAGAUGAAGUUACGUCUAGAUUCAAUAGUUAUUCAGCAAGGAAGGUUAGUGGAUCAAAAUUUAAAUAAGUUGGGAAAAGACGAAAUGCUUCAGAUGAUCAGACAUGGUGCUACACAUGUGUUUGCAUCAAAAGAUAGUGAAAUCACAGAUGAAGACAUUGAUGCAAUUCUAGAAAGAGGUGAAAAGAAGACUGCUGAAAUGAAAGAGAAACUCUCUAACAUGGGUGAAAGUAACCUGCGGAACUUUACAAUGGAUACUGAAUGCAGUGUGUAUAAUUUUGAAGGGGAAGAUUACAGAGAAAAGCAAAAGAUGGCAUUUACAGAAUGGAUUGAGCCACCAAAGAGAGAACGAAAAGCCAACUAUGCGGUGGAUGCAUAUUUCAGGGACGCACUUCGUGUCAGUGAGCCCAAAAUACCAAAGGCUCCUAGACCUCCAAAACAGCCAAAUGUUCAGGACUUCCAAUUCUUCCCCCCACGUUUGUUUGAAUUGUUGGAAAAAGAGAUUCUCUAUUACAGAAAAACAAUUGGAUACAAAGUUCCACGCAAUCCUGACUUGCCUAAUGCAGCCCAGGCACAAAAGGAAGAACAGCUUAAGAUUGACGAAGCAGAGCAACUUAAUGAUGAAGAACUUGAAGAGAAAGAAAAACUGCUUACACAGGGUUUUACCAACUGGAAUAAAAGGGAUUUUAACCAAUUUAUCAAGGCUAAUGAAAAAUGGGGUCGUGAUGACAUUGAAAAUAUUGCAAGAGAAGUCGAAGGAAAGACACCAGAGGAAGUAAUUGAAUACUCUGCGGUUUUCUGGGACAGAUGCAACGAACUCCAAGAUAUUGAAAAGAUUAUGGCUCAGAUAGAAAGAGGAGAAGCUAGGAUACAAAGGCGGAUUAGCAUUAAGAAAGCAUUAGACACAAAGAUUGGUCGAUAUAAGGCACCUUUCCACCAGCUAAGGAUAUCUUAUGGUACCAACAAAGGAAAGAAUUACACUGAGGAAGAAGAUCGUUUUCUCAUUUGUAUGCUGCACAAGCUUGGCUUUGACAAGGAAAAUGUCUACGAUGAACUUAGGCAAUGCAUACGGAACUCUCCCCAAUUCAGAUUCGAUUGGUUUUUAAAAUCAAGAACUGCAAUGGAACUGCAAAGGAGAUGUAAUACAUUAAUCACUUUAAUUGAAAGAGAGAAUCUUGAACUUGAAGAAAAGGAGAAAGCUGAGAAAAAGAAGAGAGGACCAAAGCCUUCAUCGGCACAGAAAAGGAAGAUGGAUGGAGCACCUGAUGGCAGAGCAAGAAGGAAGAAGCUGAAGCUUUAAAGUGUACAUUUUGAAAUCGCCAACUAUCUGAAGUAGUUUUUACUUUACGGGUCUUCAUAAAAUGUACUGUACACUGAUCAGUUAUGUCAUUAAGGUUCUUUUGUUUACUGACCUAAGUAAACUGCAUCAUUAAUGUAGUGUCCAUUUAU